ACCUCAUGUUUCUUGUCAAAAGGCUGGUUUAAAAAAAUGAACAAUUGGACGCCGUUCAACACUGACAAACCCGUGCGUGUGAACAACACAAAGACAAUGAUGCCGGCAGGAAAUCCCCGCGUGACAGCAACUCCGAAACACUUCGCGUGCGCAUUGGCACCGUUUCCGCGCUCCACCUGGAUUCACCCACUUGUUCCGCACGACAACUUCGACCGUGUCUGCAAAAACAUCUGGAGAAGAGCAAGCGAGGCCGAGCAGGCGCUCGGCGGAGGAGGACAGAGAUCACCCGGGAGCCAGAGGAAUAGAGCCCGCAGGGCACCAGACGACGACACGCCGAGUCACCGGGCCGAGGAGCAGCAGAAAGAGGCAAGUGAUUUGGGUCUGCGCUCACGAUAUGAGGAGGACAAGUGGCAAUACCACGAAGCCUUCACCCUUCCUUGCCCUUAUCUCUCAGGCCAAAUACAUCCCCAUGUUGCAAAGCCUGCACGGGAACUGAACCCUGUGAUAAAGGAAGAGAUGAAACGAAAUGAGGAGGGAAAAGAAAACGUGUCACGUCCGGAGGAUGAUGCCGGAGAUAAACAAAGCAGUGUGGCAAAUUCCGUUACGAAGAUUUGGCUCCCCCGAUCCAGCAGCAGCGUAGACAAACAGAGCUCUGCUCCGGAAAAUCAACCUCCGGUGACAAAUCCCGUCUGCUCUGCCGCCGAGGGCCGCGCCCUGUGCCCGGGGGAUGAGGAAGAUCCUCCGCUUGCUCCAUGCAAAAGUGAAGAUGUGAAGGACACAAGUGGCAGUUGUGACAGCAAUUCCAGCGAUGAUGACAGCGAUUCUGUGACUCUACCCGGGGUGAGAAGUCGUGGCACUGAUGACAGUGAUGAUGACUCAGAGAGGGGAAACAGUGACUGUGAUGAAGAGGAAAAUAAGAUUCCAUACUCAAUUAAUGAAUUAAGGCAUGACAGAGAGCAGGAUUCUCCAUCUUCUUGCACAGAGGAGGACUUUGCACCACCAUCUACCAUAAAGUGUGUCAUUCUACCAUGUGCCACUGAGCUUCCUGCCUCGGGGAAGAUGCAUAGCCAGUGGGAGAUUCCACUUUUAUUCUGCCCACAUGACAUUCCCACUGCCACUUUUGCAAACGACAGGACCGCCCAUGCUCCUGUCCAAGGCAAAGCACCUCAGGCAAACUCUCGAAACAACGCAGCAGCAGCAGCAGCCCCAACGCAGCAGGAGGCUUAUGACCUACUGGCUGACUUCCCAGCUCUGCAGCCCUCAAAGAAACCUCUAGCAUUGGGUGUAUUCCGUGAUGGGAAUCCCAAGACCAAAGGUGCAGAGGGGAAAGGAGGGCAUACUCGAUCACAAAACCAAUGCCAAGAGAGCAGGGCUUUCCAUGAGAGGAGGAUGGCAAAUGUGUCCCACAAGGUCUCCUCCAUCUGUAGAGGAGACCACAAAUAUCUGCUGGACCUGCAAACAUUUGACCAAGGCAUAUCUCCUGCCAUCAACUGUGAGGAACUGAAGGCCAACAACCAGCCGCCUCCUAGAGUUGCAGCUACAGAUGGCGUGGCUGCUAAUGGCAGGUCCUGGGCUUGCGCUGCCAAGGCGGGCAUGACACGAGCAGCUGCCCCUCAGGAGAUUGGCAGACCUUAUACCCUUCAGCAGAUAGUUGCCAUUAACCGAGCCAAAGCCAAGUAUUCUGCUGCUCAGAACUUCCCCAACCAAGUGGUUCCCUGCUGUCAUGGGCCCCGAGCUCACAACCAAAAACCUGUUCGACCCGAUUACCCUCCAACAUAUCAGAAAACAGGAAUUAUGGGGAGGCUUGCUUUGAAGAGGAUAUAACUUUGCAGUGACCCCCAACAAUCACAGCACUGCUCAUCCCGUAUUAUUGGUCUGUUACACACCAUUCACAGCUGAUCUGAGGCUCACUCUAAUAUCUUUUAAACCGAGCUCUUUAAACCAAGCUAUUGUUGUUACCCAGCUCUCCCUUGCCAUUUUCUACUGUAACUGAACCAACACCACAGUAAAAGACUUAUCACACCUCUGUAUUAUAUAUAUCUAUUAAAUAUUGUUGCAGUUGCAGCUAGCACA